AUGUUAAUUAGAAUAACCCCAAUAAAUGAGAGAUAUACUGGAGGGAAAGAUAUUUAUGUUGAAUUGCCUAUUGGGUAUGAUGUUCAACAUAUUGACUGGAUUUCUGUUUAUUGUUUACAUUUUGAAGUAGAUUAUGGACAUGUAUUUAUUAGAAAUAUAUCUCCAAUGAUACCCCCACAUGUUCAAAUACCUAUAAGGGCUGACGACAUUUUUAAAGACAACAAGCAACUUACUUGGCAUGUUAGUAACCUCCUUGGGACUGAUUCUCAACUCAACUUUACCUUUCAAUUAGGCCCUCCUGGAGGAAUGAAGGGCCAUAAAUCGAUGAGACACGUGCCUAAACCUCCCCCUUAUGUUUGGUAUGUUAAUGGAUAUUUGGCUGAUCUUUACCUAAAAAGAGGAAUUACAUAUACAUUUAUAGUUGAAGGAGGUCAAAAUUCAUCAGUACCUCAGCUUUACAAUCCUCUUUAUUUGACUGAUAGUAUUUAUGGAGGUUAUUCAAAAUUGAGCAAUUCAGAAAAAAAACAUGCAGUAAAAUAUACGCAAGAAGAGUCUGGUCGCCUUUGCCGGUGGAUAGAAGAGGAACCCUUUGGAGAAUUAUCAGCAGAUAAAUAUUCCUCUUUUGUUGAUUUUAGAGAAACUUUGAGGCUAGAAUGUGACGAAUCAGAUGAACCUGGCAUUUUAACAUUCACGCCUAGCAAAGAUACACCCAAUAUUUUAUAUUAUGCGAGUUAUUCAAAUUAUCAAAUGGGUGGAAGAAUACAAGUUGUUGAUGAAUUCCCUGCUGAUCUCAAAUAUAUUGUUGUUGAGCCAUAUCGUUACGACGCAAAACGGCAUCAAGAAAGGAUGGUACUGGCUAGGGAAAGUAAUGGAAAUGAGAGAAAUACUGUAAAAAUUCUAACUUGUGGCAUUUUAUUUAUUUUAACUUUUUUAUUUUUGUAA